UGUACCAGUGUUGAUUGAUUACCCAUUCCAAUGUGGUCCUCGUUCAACAAAUUGCAACUGUCACAAUCUUUUUUAAGAUCAACAGUUGUGAUCAAUUCGGAGCUGGGGGAACAGUGUGGGGAACACUUUGAGACAGUUUCAGCAUCGAGGAGGAUUAAAAGUUGUUCCAUCCAAAGGUGGCGGCGGGUAAAAGUGGGUAGAAUGUUUUUGUCAAGAAGUCUGCCCUGGACGGUGAGGUGGCUUCAGAGGUUUGACGUCGGACUAGUGUGGCGCUCGGGAUUCCUUUCCAACAAUCUUUUCCCUAGAAAAACAAAAUGGCAAAUUGGUUCCACUAUAUUCAAAAAUCGUCUAUUAAAUGUAUUUUAAUCGGGUUGAUUCCGUGUUUGAUUACGUGGUGCCUCUGGAAUCGAAGAUGUAAAGCGAGAAUGGAAGGAGUUUAUCAAAGUGCAGAUCAGAUGUGGAGAAGUGUUUGAUUUUGGGUUAGUUUUAUUGCUGAGAGCACAAAUUCUUUUCAAAAAUUGAAGAAGUCGGACAUUAAGAUUUUGAAUGAGUUUCAAAUUAAACAUCAGGGAGUUUGCGACAGGCCUGGAAAAAAUUAUUUCGUGGGUUAAAUCUCCAGUAGGGUGGAUAAAACUUAAUUAUGAUGGGAGUUGUAGAGGCAAUCCGGGUACUUCAGGAGGUGGAGGAAUUAUUCGGGAUUGCCAUGGCAUGGUAAAAGCGGUUUUCUCAAGUUAUUUUGGUAAUGGUACGAAUAAUAGUGCAGAAUUAAAAGCAAUCAGAGAAGAAAUUCGUUUGUGCAAACGUUGGCAUUAUGUUAAUGUGAUUAUUGAAAGUGACUCGCGAAUUGUAAUUGAUUAGUUUCGAAAAGGUAGAUAUACUUUGUGGUAUCUUUGAAAAUUUUGAGAGGAGCUCGUGGCAGAGUUAGAAGGAGUGAAUGUCAUGGUGAUGCAUCAAUAUAGGGAAGGCAACAGUGCGACUGAUUUUCUUGCUAAAGAAGGAGAAAUGGGAAAUAAUGUAAUCUAUGAAGAACAACACCUUCUACUACGUUAUCUAAAAGGUAUUCUUCGGAUGGAUAGGUGGGGUCUCGUUUCUGUUCGUUGUUAGUUCAACUCUAGAGUUUCGUUUGAUGUAUUUCAUUUUGAUUUUGGUUGUUUUUAUGUUUUUAUCUCCUUUGUUAGUUAUGUUUAGUUUUGUUGUCCUAGUUUGGUUGGUUUGUUUUAACUUGUAACUACGGUAUUCUUCCGCCAAAAGUGAGGGUGUAUUAAUAAAUAAAUGGAGGUGCCGCCCUCAA